CUCCCUCCUCCCUGCAGGCUCUCGCGGGCUCUCUCUCGCCGGAGCCAGGGGGCUGCACGCCCGGCGGUCUAAGCGGGCGCGGCUUCGGCUGAGGGAGGACUUCGCGGCCGCAGGCUGGGUAGGUGAGGCAGAAGGAGGUUGAGCGGCGAGAGCCACCGGGAGGGAGGUCCGGAGGAGCAUGGCCCGGAGAAGCGCCUUCCCCGCCGCCGCGCUCCGGCUGUGGAGCAUCCUCCCGUGCCUGCUGGUGCUGCGGGCGGAGGUCGGGCAGCCGCGGGAGGAGAGCCUGUACCUGUGGAUCGAUGCUCGCCAGGCGAGAGUACUCAUAGGAUUUGAAGAAGAUAUCUUGAUUGUUUCCGAAGGGAAAAUGGCCCCUUUUACACAUGAUUUCAGAAAAGCACAACAGAGAAUGCCAGCUAUUCCUGUCAAUAUCCAUUCCAUGAAUUUUACUUGGCAAGCUGCGGGGCAGGCAGAAUACUUCUAUGAAUUCCUGUCCUUACGCUCCCUGGAUAAAGGCAUCAUGGCAGACCCAACCAUCAAUGUCCCUCUGCUGGGAACAGUGCCCCACAAGGCAUCAGUUGUUCAAGUUGGUUUCCCAUGUCUUGGAAAACAAGAUGGAGUGGCAGCAUUUGAAGUGAAUGUGAUUGUAAUGAAUUCUGAAGGCAACACCAUCCUGCAGACGCCUCAAAAUGCUAUCUUCUUUAAAACAUGUCAACAAGCUGAAUGCCCAGGAGGGUGCCGAAAUGGAGGCUUUUGCAAUGAAAGACGCAUCUGCCAGUGUCCUGAUGGAUUCUAUGGCCCUCACUGUGAGAAAGCCCUUUGCACACCACGGUGUAUGAAUGGCGGGCUUUGUGUCACUCCUGGGUUCUGCAUCUGCCCACCUGGGUUCUAUGGAGUCAAUUGUGAUAAAGCAAACUGCUCAACCACCUGCUUUAAUGGAGGGACCUGUUUCUACCCUGGAAAGUGCAUUUGCCCUCCAGGACUAGAGGGAACACAGUGUGAAAUAAGCAAAUGCCCGCAGCCCUGUCGAAAUGGAGGUAAAUGCAUUGGUAAAAGCAAAUGUAAGUGCUCCAAAGGUUACCAAGGAGACCUCUGUUCCAAGCCGGUCUGCGAGCCUGGCUGCGGUACCCAUGGAACCUGUCAUGAGCCCAGCAAGUGCCAAUGUCAGGAAGGCUGGCACGGAAGACACUGCAAUAAAAGGUACGGAGCCCGCCUCAUGCAUGCCCUGAGGCCAGCAGGCACCCGGCUGGGGCAGCACACGCCUUCACUUAAAAAGGCUGAGGAGCGGCAGGAUCCACCUGAAUCCAAUUACAUCUGGUGAACUCCGACAUCUGAAACGUUUUAAGUUACACUAAGUUCAUAGCCUUUGUUAACCUUUCAUGUGUUGAAUGUUCAAAUAAUGUUCAUUACAGUUAAGAAUACUGGCCUGAAUUUUAUUAGCUUCAUUAUAAAUCACUGAGCUGAUAUUUACUCUUCCUUUUAAGUUUUCUAAGUAUGUCUGUAGUGGGAUGGUAUAGAUUUCUUGUUUCAGUGCUUUGGGACAGAUUAGAUGUUAUGUCAGUUGAUCAGGUUAAAAUUGUCUUUUCAGUUGUGUAGCUGGCGAAUAAUUUCCAAAAUUACAAUGUACUCAUGGUGUCAAGGGCCUGAGGAACACUGGAAAUGGAACAGAAAUGCAUAAAUCAAGGGUUUGGAUGGAGCAGUUAACUGUGUUGAAGUUACAACAUUUCUAAUUUUACUGUCAUGGGUUUAGACAUUUGUCACAUUUUUAAAGUUCCCCUUGUUCUUAAACUCUCAAUACACCAUAUUUUGACCGAAUUUUGACCUCACCAUGAUUCCAGAGAAUUCAGUAUUGAAAGAAAGAGAAAGAAAGAAAGAACAUGGUGGCAGUGGCAUUUAACAAUAUAAUAUAUUGUAAACACAAUAAAAUAGGGAAUAUAACGUAUGGACUUUUGGCAUUGGCUUGGAGCAAUAUAAUAUAUUGUAAACAAAACACAGCUCUUACAUAAUGAACAUUUUAUACUGUUUGUAUAAAAUAAAGGUACUGCUUUAGUUUUCUGAGGGUUGUUUGGAGUGGUCUGUGCAUGUGCAAUCUUAUGGAAAUAAAGUCGGUGUCAAUGA